AUGGAGCAAGAAAGUGUCACGGUUCUGAUCAUCGGAGCUGGACCGGCCGGUUUAGCAACGUCUGCAUGCCUUAACCGGCUUGGCAUACCGAACGUUGUACUCGAGAGAGAAGACUGCAGUGCCUCUCUGUGGAGGAGAAGGUCCUACGACCGUCUGAAGCUCCACCUGGCGAAGCAAUUCUGCGAGCUCCCUCACAUGGCAUUCCCCCGCCAUGCACCCACCUUCGUCCCCAAGCAAGGUUUCACCGCUUACCUUGACGAGUCCGUACCCCGUUUCGGCAUAACCCCUAGGUACACCCGCCGCGUUACGUCGGCGUCUCACGAGGGAGGAUGGGUGGUGGAGGCUGACGAUGUGGCGACGGGAGGGAAGGAGGUCUACGUGGCAGAGUUUCUGGUGGUGGCGACGGGGGAGAACGGAGAGGGGGUGAUUCCGGCGAUAGAGGGGCUGAAGGAGAGCUUUGGAGGAGAGUAUAUGCACUCGAUAUUGGCACGAGCUAUGGCAUCCGAAAGACCCGACUUUGCAGAUGUAGCACGGGCAUCGGUCCUAGCCACGAGGAAAAAAUCGGAAUCUCCGAUAGCAUCUCGGGCUGAUGCUAUUUUGGCAGCAUGUUCUUCUGCAGUGCAAAUGGCAAUGACGAUUCUGAAAUUGAAGAUCCUCCCCGUAAAACUGGUGGACACUCUCUGCAUGUUCCUCGCAAAGAUGAGUAUGGGAGACACAUCGACAUAUGGGCUUCAAAGGCCCAAAUUAGGCCCAUUUCUUCUCAAGAUGAAGACCGGAAGAUCGCCCACCAUCGACGUUGGCUGUUUGAACCUCAUCAAAUCCGGCAACAUUCGGGUUGUGCAAUCAAUCAAAAGCAUAGAAGGGAACAGAGUCAAGUUUGUAAACGGAGAGAACAAAAACAUAGACGCCAUUAUCUUCGCCACUGGUUACAAGAGCAAUGUAGCCAGAUGGCUUCAGGUUAAGGAUGGAGAUCUGUUUAACGAUAACGGAAUGCCGGAAAGGGAGUUUCCAAAU